AUGGCUACCACUAACCCGCAAACUCGGCUGGAUCGAUUGUUUGCAAACUCACCUCUACCCCCUGCUCCCACACCUGGUAAACCUCACUUCGCUGAGAAGGAGCUUGCGGAGAAGAAAGCCAAAGAAGAACCACCAUUCAGAAUCGGCUCCACUGCUGAAUACCCUAGGCAGAUCAAACCAACUCAGAAAGAAGGAGUUCAACAGGCCCGCGACAUCCUUACCAGUUCUGAUGAAGAUGACUACAUCUGUGCUUUCAAGAAGAAGCCGUCAAUGAAAGUGCCUUCAAAAGAUGUGAAGUCAAAGCCGCGAAAGGUGCCUGAACCCGGCGCUUUCGGCUAUCCCAAGGGUGCUGUCACCGAGCCCAAAGGCCCUAAUGAGUAUCUCGCAAGGGGCAAAUCUUCGAAGCGCAACUUUACCGACUCUGUGAACGAACCCGACUCCGACGAUGACCACCUCCCGACAGCAGAUGUCCAUGGAAACCCAGCUGUUGGACACUUUUGCCAAUUCAGUCUUGCAGCCAAGUUUCCCUACAAGUACAUGAAUGACACCAAUGACCGUGUGUCUCGGCACUUCUUUGCCUCCAACAAAUUCUACUCUCGAAGCUGGGAUCUGUAUUAUCUUCAUCCUCCAUUCUCUCUGAGCAGCAAGCCGAUCAUUCUCGUACCCUAUGCCCAAAUUCGGCAGCUAGUCACUGAGAUUGGGCAGACCUUCAAAGUUCCGGUUUCGGUGCCAAGAUUUCCGUUCACUCUUACAUCCUUUGAUGAUGGGACUCCUCGACCCAUCUUUUUGGGCAAGUCAAACUCGAGAGACGAUGCCAACGAUUUACAGAACAAUGUUCCUGCUGCUCCCAUGGACCAUGCAGAAUGCCCCGAGGAUGCUUCGUCGGCUAUUGCAGCAAAGGGCAAGAACAAGAGCGGCGUGGGCAAGAACAAGAGAGAAGACGACCGCUUGCUCAGUAUCAGGGAUUGGUAUGUUCAGCUUAGAAGAGCUCAACGCUACCUGGGCUUGAGACGUAAGACAGGUCAAAUCCAACACCCAGAUCCUGCCAUGUCAUGGGAAGAGCAGGAGAAGUUCCGUUACGAACAGCUCAAGAAAGCCCAUUUCGUGCUCAAGCCACUCAAUGUCAACAAACCAGCUCCACUACCCUUCGAGAAGGAGCCCGUAAUCAUUGCCGUCGAUGUUGAGUCGUAUGAGAGAGCACACAAUCUCAUCACCGAGAUCGGCAUCAGCACUCUUGACACUCGCGACUUGGUCGAUCUUCCCCCCGGGCCUAACGGCAAAAAUUGGCUCAAUCAGAUUCGCUCCCGUCACUUCCGCAUCAGUGGCAGAGAGCAUCUUGUCAACAGAGACUUCUGCGCCGGCCAUCCCGACGCUUUUCAAUUUGGCAAGUCUGAGUGGGUUGACCUCAAGGAGGCUGUGGCCGUCGUUGACAGCUGCUUCGAAUGGCCAUUCUCUGUACAAUUCAAGCACGUUAGUCUAGAUGACCAAUGGGCUGUCGAGCCAGCCAAGCUGGCAAAGGAGAACAACACACAGAGAAGAGUGUCCAACGAUUUUGGAGGAGUUUACAUUGGACCGACCAAUGCCGAGCAAGAUGCCGCAAGCAGAGCAGCUAUUGCCAACGUGUUGAAUGGUAUUGGGAACAAAGAAGCCACCACCCAAGCUGUUGAGCCUACCGGGGCAAACAAAUCAGACUCGGAGAGUCUUCAGCAAGGACCUCAGGAACGCAACAUUGUCCUGUUAGGACACGAUAUUCGUGCCGACGUCGAGUAUCUAAGAGAUCUGGGGUCGAAAAUCUUCGCCCCGUCCCGUGCGACAUACCCCAUACCCGCUAUGGACAUGAUGGCCAACGGUGGGGGAAAAUCCAAGGUUCUUGCUUCUAUCAUCGAUUCAAUGGACACUGCACCGCUCUAUCGUGUGUUGAAAGAAGAAAUCCAGAAUCGCAGCCUCUCUUCUAUCAUGUCAGACCUCGGCCUUCCAUGCUACUUCCCACACAAUGGUGGAAAUGAUGCGCGGUAUACUCUCGAAGCCUGGGUUGCAAUGUUGAUCAAGGCAAGAGUCAAGAGCGACGAGGACCAGCACGAGGAAGACCAGGAUGCGGAGAAGAAACCAGAGACAGUAAGCGAGAAUGAUGCUUGGAACCAGGGAUCAGAGUGGCAUGUCACGCCACUUCCAGACCCUGGCGGACCAACCACGCCCGACGACAAGACACACCAGAAUGAUCUUGACUCUUUUGAAGCCGCAAUCAUGGCCUCGUCUCCCGAGGCGUCUCCUCGAUACGCUAAAGAUAAGGCUGUUGUCGCAACGAUUGAGAAAUUGAAAUUGGAUCCGGGCGUCGACCACGAGGAGCCGGCGGGCCGUUUUUAUUAG